AUGGCAGAGGAGUCUCCGAGGAAGAGGAUCAAGAUAGGCAAAGAGGGCCAGGAGGACGAGGGAGAGCGGGAUCCGAUAAGGUCCGCUGUGGAGUGCAAGUGUAUCCUUGGGGAGAGCCCAGUUUGGGAUGAAGACUUGCACGUCCUCUACUUCGUGGACAUCAACGGCAAGAAGGUUCACAGUCACAGUCCCAAGGACGGCAGCUUCAAGACGUGGGAGCUUGAAGGGGAGGUGGGCUGUGUGGUCCCUGGUCCCGACAGGAGGAGAGUGUAUGCGGCGGUCGUAGACUCGAUCUUUGAGGUGGACGUGGAGAAGGAGGGGAAGGAGGCAGUGCGGAAGUUGGCGACGCUGCCGGAGGGGGAGUGUCCCAGUGGGUUUCGUUUCAACGACGGCAAGUGCGACCCACAAGGCAGGUUGUGGAUUGGAACUAUGAACAAGCAGUGGAGAGAUGAGAAAGCUCCUCGUGGAAAGCUCUAUGUCUUGGACAAGGACGGGAAGUUCCGAACUUCUGACGGACGUACAACUUUCGAAUGGAAUGACAUGGUUCAGGAGACCUGGACGGUCUCGAGAUUCGAUUAUGACGACAAGGAUGGAAGCAUCGAGGUCGGCUCAAGGAAAGAGGUGGUGAAGAUCCCUACUGCAGGGGAUGGAGGAGGCGUUCCUGACGGCAUGACGAUCGAUGCCGAUGGUCUACUGUGGGUCACCCUCGGGGAAGGCGGUGCAGUGGCCCAGUACGAUGCGGAGACUGGGGAGGAGGUGCAGAGGUUCAAGCUACCGGUGAAGAGACCCACAGCCUGCACGUUUGGAGGAGAGGACUUGCAAGAGUUGUACAUCACAACGCGAGAAGAGACAGGUCAAGAACCGUCAGCUGCAGCUGGGCACUUGCUUGUGGCAAAACUUGACAAGAGCAAGGGGCAUGCAGCAGCAUGGCGGUGUAAAGCAAUAUGA